GUCUUUGCCGUCGCCAUUAGAGCCGAGCGGAGGAGCGAAGGGGAAACAAAAAUGUCAUAAAACACCGGUGGGGGGGGGGCGAGGGGGGGUGGGGGAGCAGGUGGAAGCCGGAGGUCGCCGGUCGGACGGAGCGAUGGCUGUGAGCGGGGCUUUUGUUUGACCCCGGCCACCAUGUAAGGAACAGAGCGGCAGCGGGGUUGGGGAGGGAGGGAGGGGGGUGUGUAGGGAGCGGAUCGACUGGAGCGGCGGCGGCCGAGGCAGCGCUGGAGAGACGAAAGAGAGCGAGAGUGCGCGGGGGAGAAGCCUCCAGUCCUUAAUAGGAAACUGAUGCUAGGUGUGAGCAACGAUGACUGAAUAUGGAAUAAAGUGGGCCUGUGAAUACUGCACAUAUGAAAAUUGGCCAUCUGCAAUCAAAUGCACCAUGUGUCGUGCACCAAGACCUAAUAGCACUAUAAUUACUGAAGAUCCAGUUAGAGGCAGCUCAAGUGAUCUGAAUCAAGAUUGGGAUACUGCAAGUAUAGAGAGUGGCAGCAGCCCUCUGAUUUGUCCAGACUCUAGUGCUAGACCAAGAGUUAAGUCAUACAAUUCAGAAAGUGCAAGCAAGUGGUCAUGCCACAUGUGCACUUACUUGAAUUGGCCAAGAGCAAUUAGAUGUACUCAGUGUUUGUCUCAGCGUCGGACCAGAAGUCCUGCGGACUCCCCUCAAUCAUCUGGUUGUAUUUCAAGACCAGUUCAGGCUUCUCAGGAUCCUUGUGAAGAAUACAAUGACAGAAACAGACUAAACACAAAAGCACUGCAUUGGAUUUGUGCAGCUUGCACAUACGAGAACUGCCCCAAGUCUCGGAAGUGUGCAGUUUGUGACUAUCCUAGACCUAACAACUUGGAAGCAAUUGAAUUUGCAGAAGCAGAGGAGGCUUCCUCACUGAUAAAUGAGCAGGAUAGGGCUCGAUGGAGGAGCAGUGGCAGCAGUGGUAAUAGCCAAAGGAGGUCUCCUCCUGUACCUAAACUUGAAACUGAGAUGAAAAUGGACUUCCAAAGGAUUGAGCUAGCACCUGGAGCAGUUUGCAGUAAAGGAGAGUUGGAAGUAGAUUUUAAAAGACUCAAACAAAUAAAGAAUAGAAUGAAAAGAUCAGAUUGGCUCUUUCUCAACGCUUGUGUAGGAGUAGUAGAAGGAGAUCUGGCUGCAGUGGAAGCUUACAAGUCAUCUGGAAGUGACAUUGCUCGUCAGCUUGUAUCAGAUGAAGUACGUCUGUUGAAUCGUCCUUCUGCUUUUGAUGUAGGCUACACUCUUGUACACCUUGCUAUCCGUUUUCAGAGACAGGACAUGUUGGCAAUUUUGUUGACAGAGGUGUCUCAGCAAGCUGCCAAGUGCAUCCCUGCAAUGGUAUGUCCAGAGCUCACUGAACAGAUACGGCGUGAAAUAGCUGCAUCACUUCAUCAACGCAAGGGAGACUUUGCUUGUUAUUUCCUGACCGAUCUGGUGACAUUUACAUUACCUGCAGAUGUUGAAGAUCUCCCACCAUCUGUCCAGGAAAAGCUAUUUGAUGAGGUGCUUGAUCGAGAUGUACAGAAAGAAUUAGAAGAGGAGUCCCCUAUUAUAAACUGGUCUUUGGAGCUUGGAAGCCGUCUAGAUAGUCGACUGUAUGCUCUCUGGAAUCGCACAGCAGGUGACUGUCUGCUUGACUCUGUACUACAAGCAACGUGGGGUAUUUAUGACAAAGAUUCAGUUCUGCGGAAAGCUCUUCAUGACAGCUUGCAUGACUGCUCACAUUGGUUUUAUACACGCUGGAAGGAAUGGGAGUCAUGGUACUCUCAGAGCUUUGGGCUGCAUUUCUCUCUGCGGGAGGAGCAGUGGCAGGAAGACUGGGCGUUCAUUCUCUCCCUUGCCAGUCAGCCUGGAGCCAGUCUAGAGCAGACCCACAUUUUUGUUUUGGCUCAUAUACUUCGCCGACCAAUUAUAGUAUAUGGAGUGAAGUACUACAAGAGUUUCCGUGGUGAGACUCUAGGUUACACACGAUUUCAAGGUGUGUAUUUGCCUUUGCUAUGGGAACAGAGUUUCUGUUGGAAGAGCCCGAUAGCUCUUGGGUAUACAAGGGGCCACUUCUCUGCACUGGUUGCUAUGGAAAAUGUUGGCUAUGACAAUCGAGGUGCUGGCGCCAACCUAAAUACAGAUGAUGAUGUCAACAUUACCUUCUUGCCAUUGGUGGACAGUGAGAGGAAGCUAUUGCACAUCCACUUCCUUUCAGCUCAUGAGAUUGGUAAUGAGGACCAGCAGGAGAAACUACUGAGGGAAUGGCUUGACUGUUGUGUCACUGAAGGUGGAAUUCUUGUUGCACAGCAAAGGAGUUCCCGUCGACGCAACCAUCCAUUGGUUACACAAAUGGUGGAGAAAUGGUUGGACCGUUACCGGCAGAUUCGACCAUGCACUUCGCUUUCAGAUGGUGAGGAAGAUGAGGAGGAGGAUGAUGAGUGAUGUAUGGUAUCUGAUGGAGUCAUGGGCAUUACUUGUGAGGAAGCCACCAGAUUGGACUCUUCUAGUUUGUCAUGCAUCAUGGAAGGUUCGGAUACCAAAUAGAAGUCUGAUCUUUGGCAGCAGAAAGGCUGACGUGAUGUGCCAUGUUAAAAUCAGAGCUGGCAUGGUUGGACAAGAAACUAUGUAUGCUAAAUUUACUUUAAUGUUAAAAGAAAAAGCUUUUUUUUCCCCCAACUCCCAGUCUGUACAUCCUUAGCUAUAAAUGUACUGCAUGUGGUUGUGUAAGAACUUGUGUAACAAGGGGGGAAAAAACUAUACCAGCAUCUGAAAUAAUUGAAUUUGUAAUGGUUUCCAAAAAAGGGCACUUAAAGACUCAUUUUAGAUUCUGGUUUGUUCCUUCUAGGUUUAUUUUAUUAUAGCCAUGUUUUUUAAGUGCAUGUGCAUAUGUUCUUUGAGAGAGAUUUUAAUGCCAAAUUAUGUUGCUGAGGGCCAGGUAACAUGUAUUGGGGUUUGAAGUAUUAGGGGCAUUAUGGAUGGCAAAAAACCAUCAUGAGAACAAGUGCAUGGGUAUUCUUUUUAAAUGCAGGAUUGAAUACUAUAAUGAAGUAAAAUCUCCAAGGAACAAAAUAGAGAUAUUGGGUUGUAUUGGAAAGUGUUCACCAAAUAUUGUCUUUGUUUCCAUUUUUUUUAAAAGACUAUUACUCUAUUUAGAAUAGAGUCAGCAAAUUAUUGUUUUCAGGUUCGCAGAGAUCAUUCAUGUUCUCAUCUCUUCACUAAUGUUCACUACGAAAACCUAGCUUAGACCCUGAACUCUGCCAAGAAUUUUGUUCUGAUAAGCCUAUUUAUUUAAGUGACCUGGAGAUAUGAGGUGCUUUUUUCCCAUAAAAUUAAGUUCAGAACCAAUUGUGUGGAUUUUGUUGAUUGUUUACUCAACCCUGAUGAAGAAUUUCAUGUUGCACAAAUACAUAUUCUUGCUGUGAAAAUGUUGCUGAAUGUGCUGUUGACUUUUUUGUCUAUGCAAAUGCUGUGCACCACUGCAAAGCCAAAGGUUUCAACUUAACAAGGGUAUUAUACUACAGUUGCAUGUCUCACUGAAAUUUUAUAAUUCUAUUCAGUACAUUUUUGAGCUUUGCAAGAGACACUUUCUCUUGGUAAUAUUAUUCCAGGCAUUUUAUGCAAAUUGAGUUUACUGUGUAAUCCCUAAUGUUCAGUACUUGUCACAGCAGCAGCCAUGCAAAUUAAACUACAUUUGACAUGAAAUAUUUAGGUGAUGAGUAUUUAAUGAAGAAAAUUGCAACUGUUUCAAAAGAUACAAGUGGAAUUGUAACCAAAGUAAAUAAUAGGCACUAAACAAUUCCAAAGUUUUGUUAUUUUAAAAAUGACUUGUUUAUGAAGAAAGUUAAAUCCAAUCCUGAUAUGGUAUCUUGUACAAAUUCAUUGUAUGCUUGUAAAAAUGCAAUUGCAUAUAGGCAAUUUUUAGUUGAGGAAUAUUGUAUUUGCUUUCAGGCAUGCAUAUGGCCUUGUUAAUUGCUAUAAAGUAAUAUUCGCAUUGA